UGUAUCAGGUGUUAGAUUUUAAGGAAAAUCAAAUGCAUCGUGCUAACUUUUGGCUUACACCAAAGAAUCAAAACAAGGACCAAAAAGCUUCAUCUUUUCUCAAUAAUGAAGUAGCAAGUCUUCUGGAUUCCAUAUCUGUUUCGUCUUCGUCUUCGUCUUCCUCUUCAUCUUCUUCUUGGGAUGAAUAUAAGCCUGUGAUAAAUAAAGACAACACAAGUCAACUUGCCCCUGAUCCACUUUUGCUUAAACCUAUGCUGUGUUGGCAAAGAAAACCUCCAAGUCCAGCUCCUAGACUUUUGCCAGAAGUUAUUGCUUUCACUGUUCAAUGUGCUUCUUGUUAUAAAUGGAGGUUGGUUCCGACAAAGGAAAAAUAUGAAGAAAUACGUGAAUAUAUCCUUCAAAAUCCUUUUGUUUGUGAAAAAGCUCGUGAGUGGCGACCCUAUCUAUCUUGUAAUGUUCCGGAGGAUGUUUCUCAGGAUAACAAUUUGAUCUGGGCUAUUGACAAGGCAGACAUUCCACAAACUCCACAUGGAUGGCAACGACUGCUACGAAUCAGAUCUGAAGGAAGUAGCAAAUUUGCAGAUAUGUAA